AGGCGCAGGUAGUGGAGGGGCAAACAAACACAGCAGCAUCUCGGGAACGUCUGCGUACAUACACACACGAUAUUCGCGAUCAUCACAGAGGCAGACAGCAACAGCAGCAGACUCUCUCAUUUAUUUUUAUUAUCGUUACUGUUAUCAUUAUACUUUCCAUUUCCAUGUAACGCUGAAAACUCGACGCAUGGAAAAUCGAGGUGGCUCUCAUUGGUGCUGUGCAGCAGUCUCCGAUCUCCAUCUCGACGCGAGUGUGCCUGCGCGCGAUAACAAUAUACACAUAAACAAGCGAGGCGCUUAGUUAACUUCGGUCAGCAGAGCAGCGGCGGUCUGCGGCGCGGUGCUGUAUGCGCGUGAAUAAAUAUCAACAACAAUAAUACAAUAUCGUGCGGUGGUGCAUCCCAUGGCUAAAUGUUCGCCUCAGCAGCGUCUAAUACAAUUAUUUUUAUUAUGCGUGCUACGUUUGGUACACAGCACAAAAGCGUCGUGUAAAUGAAUCGUCGUGUAUUGGUGCAGUGCGCGUUGAUUGUAACGAAAAAAUUGCGAAUUUUCACGUGCGCUAUCAUGACACAGUGUGCUUAACGACGUUUUUUUUUCUAACCUUUCCGUGUUUCCUCCGAGCGAUAAUAAUAAUUAACUCGCUACUACGUUACGUUUAAAUAAAUAAAUAUACAUUGUAAAAAUGGGCAAUUACGGAAGCAGAUUAUUGUCGGCGUCGAACGACGCCGUAAACUCGGUCUACGGUCGCGGUCGCAAGAGAAAGUGCAUCGAGGAGGACGACCCCGAGGACGAGUGCUCGUUCAUCGAGAGGACGAUGCAAACGCCCAAGAGGAGGAAAUUACUGACGACUGCACAGUACAUUUACAGGACACUGUUUUUGGAGGAAAAAGGUAGCGAUAUCACCGUGCUGAUGCUGGGCAAAGCGUGGAAAUUGCACAAAGUGUACAUAAGCCAAAGUCCGUACUUCGAAAGCAUGUUUUCCGGCUCUUGGAGGGAAGCGAACGAGAAGGUGGUGAACGUAGAAAUCAGCGACCCAAACAUCACGCUGGAUUCUCUUACAGUUGUAUUUGGUUCUUUCUAUCAAGAUGAAAUCAGUGUUGAACCAAAAGAUGUCAUAUCUAUUCUGGCAACAGCAACCUUGUUUCAAUCACAAGGCCUCAUCGACCAAUGCACAGAGAUUAUGGCAGAAACUACUAAUUUAAAGACUGUUGUUCCUUAUUAUAAUGCAGCUGUUUCUUAUGGUGUUCCAAAAGUUAAUUAUACUUGUAAAACUUGGCUAGAAGUUAAUCUAAUGGGAUAUGGAUGGCUACAUACUUCAUUUUUGAGAGAAAUAAGUGCUGAAUUAAUGACUGAACUUGUUGCUAGUCCAAACCUUGUGGCCAUUCAAACAGAAUUUUGUAUAUACAUGAUGUUGAGGGUGUGGUUGUACGCUCAUGUAAAUGAUAGUGAAGCAUUACCGCUGGAAGAAUUUUAUUCACGUCACAUGUGGACGAAACCAUUCCUUGGCACUAGAGAAGGCAGUGAAUAUGCUGCACCUUUCAAAGCUCUAAGACUGAAAUACUUGAUACUUAAUUACCAAGACGUAAAAAUAUUAAAAUAUGAUAACUUAAUACCUGAUGAUUGGCUAUAUGAGUCUUACAAAGAACAGUGGUUACAUCUUCUGCGAAUAGAUUCAAAUCAAGACAUAGGGCCAAAAUCUAUCACAGAAGAAGUUUUCUCACAAGAUUGUUUCCGCUGUGGACGGCAAAUAGAGAAGCCAGGUGAACAUGCAUGGCGAUGGACCGCAUUCCACUUUGGACUAGAUCUGGUGGUCAAUCUCGAUUUAACGACUCUUAAGUUUAAAAGGUACAACAGAGUGGAUACAGAACAUAUCAAAGCCAAUCACAACACUCAUAAUCUUAUAAUCAAAGUUAGUCUAAUUUCACUGAACGAACAGCGACAAAUUAAGUUUAUGCAAAACUCUGGACUAGUUCAGUUGUCUCUAUUCAAAAAUGAAGAAAGACAAAUAAUGAGCCUUGACAAGGACUUGACAUAUCCCAUCUAUGUAUCUGUCAAUAUGCAAGUUGUAACUCCUCUGGCGUACGAAGUGAACGAAAAAUGAGCCGAAAAUUACAGCGCAGCGCUGAAUCCAAGCUGCCGAUGUUAUCAUUAGAUGUAUAAGACUUACCGUUUUACCCUGGAGUGUUCGUUGAUAUUCGUCCUUCAUACACAGUACUUCGAUGGCGAAAAUUUAUAAUUCAAUACUAGUCGUGAUAAAAAUCAUACAGAUCUGUGUCGCUGUGUAAUUAUGUAUGAAUCAAAAAGCCAUUCGUCUUGACAUGUCUCGACGCCGCGGGUAUAUUAUAUAUAUAUUUGACACGGGCAAAGUAAGCUUUAAUGUUACAAAUAAAUCAAAUUGCCACAAUCUUGAUUAGGGAACUAUUAUCGCUAGAUACUGUGGUACCAAAACUAAUUUUGGUAAAGCAACAGUGAUAACCAUCAUUUGAACUUUUUGAUAAAAAUAUACUUUAUUUUUCAUAAAAAGGAAGUGAAAUAUUUUUAGAGAAAUA